GUGACGCCGCCGGGCCCUGAUUCGCCGGUGCCGCCCGCCCGGCCCGGCCCAAACUGCGGGAGCGCCGCGCCGCGCCGCCCACAGCGCCGCCGGGCAGCACCGGACAGCGCCGGGCCAGCGCCGCACGGAGCGCCGCGGCCGCCCCGACAGGCUCCUUUCUCGCUGGCAGCCGCCUCCGGGCACCUCGGCGCAGAGAUGAACCCCACCGUCGGCAUCGCCGUCUUCCUGACAGUCCUCCAGGCCACCCACUGCCAGAUGGUCAAGGAGCUGAGUGCCUGCCUGUUGGGCCAGAGCCUGCGGCUGGACUGCCGUUACGAGAACAAAACCAGCAACCCCCUGACCUACGAGUUCAGCCUGGCCAAGGACAACAGGAAGCACAUCAUCCACAGCACCAUAGGGGUCUCCGAGAACGCCUACCGGAGCCGCGCCAACGUCGUCAUGGAGAAGAACCUGGUGUGCCUCUUCCUGCAGAGCUUCACCACCAGCGACGAGGGCGUCUACAUGUGCGAGCUGAAGGCCACCAACGACUACACCGGCAGCCAGACAAAGAACAUCACCGUCAUCAAAGACAAACUGGAGAAAUGCGCCGGCUUCAGCCUCUUGAUCCAGAACACUUCAUGGCUCCUGCUCCUUCUCCUUUCCCUGCCUCUCCUGCAAGCCGUGGACUUCGUGUCCCUGUGAAAGGAAAAGCGCACAUGCUCGCGCGCGCGCACACACACACACACACACACACACACACAGCCCCCGCCAGCACACCCGCUCCCCCCGCUGGAACGUGGCCCUUGGAAAGAGAAGCCGAACGAUUUGAGACGAACGCAAUCUCUCUAUGUUAUCUCUGUAUAGCCGUGUAUCUAACGCUAACCGCCGUCCCGCGCUGAGCCCUGCCCUCCCACGCACACGCGCCCCCGGCACUGCCCGCGCCCAAGCAUGGCGUUGCUUCUCCCAUCGCGCCGCCCCGAGCUUGCUCCGGCUGCCGUGCUCCUGCGGCGGGCGCCAGCCCCGCGGAGCCAGCUCCUCCCGUCCCUUUAACUGUCUUUUUUUGCCUGUUUUCACCUGGGGAAAGACAGCUGGACCAACAGCUGGAAGUGAGGCCUCCAGGCAUCGUCUGGUACUUUGGGGCUGCCCGAGCCCGAGACACCCAUCACUUGCUCUCCCUGGGGACCAGUCCUUAGCGGUGACGAGAGAACUGCUGCCAGCACCAGCUUGCGGUGGCGGCGAGCAGAGCUUCUCCGAGCUAGCGGCAGCCCGGCCCUCACUCCCCGCAGAGGCCGGCGGCCCUGCCUUCGCCCCUGCCCCCCUGCCCCGAGGUCCUGGGGCUGCGCCAGGCCAGGCUGGUGGCACGGAGGGGGCUCCCCUGAGGGACCCUGACCCCCCCCGGUCUCCGCCGGGAGUUGGUCCCCAUCCCUCCUCUGCACGUCUUCCCUGAGGGAUCGUAGGAAAGACCUGAAGGUCCCCAUCCCUCCUCAGUGCCUGGCCCUGGGCCCCCAUCAGCGGAGGCUCAGCGGCCUUCCUCCAGCGCAGUCUUCCUCUGGGGCCCAGCCGUGCCAGGCGCUGGCAGAAGCCCAUGUGCCCCCUCCCUUCUCUGCCCCCACUCGCUCCCUCUCUUUUGCCCUUUCCCCUUCUCCGCUGAAGAGCAGAACAGGGCUUAAGGGCAGCCCGGCUUUUGGCCACCGCUGCAGCACGGCCAGGACAUCCCCGAGAGCCGCCCCAGGGCGAGGGGGGCCGGGGGGCAGCGCGGUCGCCCCCCAGCACAGCAGAGGGAGCGGGGCCGGCGCAGCGGGAGGGCCAUGCGGUGCGAGCCCCGGCGAGCUUUCCCGGAGGCCCAGGCCGUGCCGAGAGGGCGGAGAGCAAUGUGCGAUGGCUGCUGAUCCCCCCUCGCUUUUCCCUGCGCGCUGCCAGCUGCCCCCGCCCCGGCGCCCGGCUCCGGCCGGCCCGGCCCGCUUGCUUCGCGCAGCCGCGGUGCCCUGGCCUCACUGGUGAGUGCCGGGGCCGGUGCCGAGCCCAUCUCGAGCCUCAUUUUUUUGUGAACAUUUGUAGUUGUUCCCGCAGCUUGUCGUAAAAGGAACUUUGUUAAAGGGGGGGUUAAAAAUAAAAUAAAAAAAGGGAAGAGAAGGAAACCCCUGCCAGAAGCAACCACAAGAAAACCCAUCCUUCAAGAGCUUCCCUCCAUCUGCACAAUAAAGCCCUAGGUCAUGUGUCGGA